AUGAAAGAAGGUGACUUGCCUUCCUCCCCCUCGGAUGAGAUGGUUGGUCCCAAAGGAGAAAAGUCCACGGCCUUUCAACAUGACGAGGAUCCCACUCAGCGAAAGGACAUUUUCGACCUGGAAGGCCGAUCGCCCAAUAGGCUCAAUGCGGUAUUUGCGAAUCCCCUCGCCAAUGUUCCCCGUGAUAAACUGCUGCAGAAUGUGGAAGACUUUUGUCAGAAAUAUGGUUUGAUGGACCACAUCGAUGUAUUUCGCAAAGGAGCCCUCAUCUCGCAGAAUCCCGCUGGUGCUCUGGAUUUGCCGGAGCUCCACGAGGACGAGAAAGCGGUUCUUCGCCGGGAGAAUACCCACAAAUGGUCCCAGCCAUGGCGACUUUAUUUCCUGGCUGCCAUGUGCUCGCUGGCCGCAGCAGUCCAAGGCAUGGAUGAAACGGUCAACAAUGGUGCGCAGGCCAUCUACCUGAAGCAGUUCAACAUCACGGACAAGGAUCACCCUGAAAACUCGAGAUUUUCCCCGUCGAUGCAGAGAUACCUGACUGGCCUCAUCGUCGGUGCACCGUACCUGGCCUGCGCCAUUCUCGGAUGCUGGCUCACCGAACCUCUGAACCGCUAUCUCGCCCGACGAGGUACAAUCUUCCUCUCCUGCUUCAUCGCCGCCGUCGCCUCGAUCUGGGAGGGAGUCGCCAACUCCUGGGUCAACCUCUUCAUCGCUCGCUUCGUGCUCGGUCUCGGGAUCGGUUCCAAGUCGUCGACUGUGCCCGUCUACGCGGCAGAAUGCUCACCGGCCCCGAUCCGAGGCGCUCUGGUCAUGAUGUGGCAGAUGUGGACAGCGUUCGGUAUCAUGUUGGGGAACAUCAUGGGCGUCGCAUUUAUGGGGCUGUCCGACGACCUCUCCUGGCGUCUGAUGCUGGGCUCGACCGUUGUCCUCCCGCUGAUUGUCUGCGCACAAGUCUACUUCUGUCCUGAAUCUCCUCGAUGGCUGAUCGAACACAACAAGAUCGACAAGGCGUUUGCCGCGUUCCGGAUCCUCCGGCCGACCGACCUGCAAGCCGCCCGGGAUCUGUACUACGCAUAUGUCGGAGUGGAGCUGGAGAGGAAGGUGAACAAGGGCAAGAACUUUUUCACCAUGUUUAUCGAACUGUUUACGAUUCCCCGCAAUCGUCGGGCUACUCUGGCUAGCUGGAUUGUCAUGUUUAUGCAGCAGUUCUGCGGCGUCAACGUAAUCGCGUAUUAUUCAACCACCAUCUUCGUCGAUUCCGGCUACAGCAUCCAACAAGCCCUCCUCGCAUCCAUGGGCACCGGCAUCCUCAACUGGGUCUUCGCUCUGCCCGCCUUCUUCACAAUCGACACCUGGGGCCGCCGCAACCUCCUCCUCUUCACCUUCCCCUUGCUCGCCAUCUGCCUCUUCUGGUCCGGCUUCUCCUUCUGGAUCGAACCGGACAAUCCCUUCAGCAAGAAGCGCGUCGCGAUGGUCACGACAGGGAUGUAUCUGUUCGAGGUCUUCUACUCGCCGGGCGAGGGUCCCGUGCCGUUCACGUACUCGGCGGAAGCAUUCCCGCUGCACGUGCGCGAGGUGGGGAUGUCGUGGGCGACGGCGACGACGUGGUGUUUCAACUUCAUCCUCUCGUUUACGUGGCCGAUGCUGCUGGAGGCGUUCAAGCCGCAGGGUGCCUUUGGGUGGUACGCGGCGUGGUGUUUGAUCGGCUGGGGGUUGAUCUUGCUUUUUGUUCCCGAGACGAAGGCUCUUACGUUGGAGGAACUGGACCAGGUCUUUUCUGUUCCGACCAGGAAGCACGCUGCGUAUCAGCUUAGGAACGCCGUCUGGCAUUUUCGGGUUUGGAUUCUUCGGCAGAAGCUCGAGCCGUUGCCCAAGAUUUACGAGGGGGAGGGUCUGACGGAGUCGUAG